AGCACAUCCGAUAUUCGUCAGCCAGAUGCAGGAUAGACUUCACAGGAUAGGACUAAGGUACCUACUUACAAGUUUACCUUACUAUAGCACGCACAACCGCUCCAGAUAUCACAUCCGCUCGCUCUCCACGCCCUGUCAUCAUCCUACACCCUCCUAGCUGAUUCACCUGCCCUCGAGGCUCGACAUGGACUCCCUGACCAGCUCCGAGGCAGAAGCCAGCCCAGCUUUGGUGGAAGAAUACCAACAAUGGCGCGCUGUGGGACCAGGAGGAGCUCCAUUCGACUGGAAUGGUUUCAUGUUGUGCAAGAAAGCCGAAAUCACUCAAGCACGAGACGACACGACCAAUCUCGCGCUCUACGACUCUCCCGAGCAGUAUGCAAAAGGCUGGAAGGAGGCCACAGAAGCACAGCGCCGAGCAGCGCAGACAUGCUUUUUAAAACAGCCACUGCCAGAGCGACCAGGCCCUCGAUCACGAGCCAAACAUUUCGUGUUUCCGCAACGCGAACGAAACGACGGGGAGCCACAAGAUGCACAGGUCCAAGCAGCCUAUCAGACUGCCUUUGAGCAGCUGGGCGAGGUCAAUUCGAGAGUAGAAUGGAAAACUUCUGUCUUGGAGAAACAUGGUCGCGCGCUGUUUUUACAAGAUCCCGUCACGCCGCUGAUAUCCUCUUCGAAAGGCGAAAUCUGCCAUGUGCACCGCUCGGAUUUGUCGGGCCAUGUGACGUUGAGUUUUGCCGAUGCAAGAGAAGUCAUUGGCAAAGGCUGGGGAGAGAGACAUCGAUUGAGCGGGACAGAGACGCUGCAUCUGGGCUAUACGAUGCUAUAUGUGCCCCGAAAUGUGGCAGAGGUCGAAGUGUAUGCACAAAUCUACCAGGCGGGGAUUGAAUAUAUGACGAGUGGUCAUCAGGAGUAAGUAGUCGUCGAUAUUGGAAGUACAAAAAUAG